AUGCCCAGUAUCGGGACCUAUAUCGAUACUACUAUCGCUUGUGUUGUUCUUAACCAAAACCUACAGAUUAAAGAACAUAGUCCUGUGGGCACUGUUGUAACAGAGAUAGAACUUGGAGAGGGCUACACCGUGGAAUUGGAAGAAGAGGACACCUUUAAAUUGAAUGGAUCAUCUUUGGUAAUAGGUCGAGAUGUGAACUUUGAGCAAUCCAGAGUGCUUCAUAUCGUAACGGUAAUUAAUAUAAAUGACAAUCCACCAAUCUUCAAGCAGACUGUUUACACAUUCAUUAUCUCAGAGCUUCUGGCAGUUAACAGUCCAAUUGGUAAUGAAAUUAAUGCUGAAGAUCUUGACCAGGACGUGCUCUACUAUGAGCUGAGUGGUCUUUUUCAGAAUGCUACCACAUUCUUUCGCCUUUCCUCUGAAACUAACCCAGUUAUCUUAGUGAACAAGCGUCUGGAUUAUGAUGAUUAUCCUAUAGUAAAUCUACUUCUCACAGCACGGGAUAGGAAGGAUCCUGGAGACAAUUCUACCCUUACAGGUAACGCCAGCAUAGUGGUCAACAUUGCUGACGGAGACGACAAACCACCAUUCUUUAUGCCCUGCACUGAGAUAUCAACCAAAAUAUGUAUCAACAAUGGCUACACAGGAAGUGUGAACAGGACUGAAGUAGCAAGUGGACCUCUGGCCUUAAUACCAGGACCCUUAUAUGCCGUGGAUGGGGAUAAGGGAAUUGGUGAUCCCGUUGAAUAUGCCAUCAUCAGUGGAAAUGCUGACAAUGUAUUUAAUCUGCAGAGAAUAUCUGGAAACAUAACAAUGAAUAAAGCAGUAGCCACCUUAGGAGUUCUUCUACUCCAGGUUAUGGCUUCUCAAAUUAAUGAUCCGACAAAAUAUUCCAUAACCUCAGUUGCAAUUGAAGUGAAAGAUAAGAACGCUUUCCCACCAACAUUUGAAAAAUCGAAUUACCAUGGAAUGAUCCCUUCAGAUCCUGCAAAUGGAGAUUUUGUUCUUGACUUAGAUAACCGAAAUAGACCACUUGUAGUCUUUGCAACUGAUGAUGAUUACGCAGAUAAGCAGAAUCCAUUUUUGGAAUACAAGAUAGAAAACAGCACUGCUUUCAGAAUUCUCCGAGAUGGCUUCAUUAUAACUAAUGCUGUAAUCACCACUCCGGGCACUGUUGUAUUUGAAGUGUCCGCAACUGACAGUUCAACUAAUGAGAAGACCUCAACCUUGGUCUCAGUGGAAGUUAUGGCAGCUACCACCACUGUUCCUACUACGACAACGAUGACUACUACUACUACUACUACAACAAAGCCUGAAACCACAACAAGCUCUCUGACAUCUGGUACAGGUACCACUACCACUUUAACUCCUGGUACUGGUUCAACAACAACUACCACAACAGGUACAGGCACCACUACAACCUCAACUCCUGGAACUGGCACAACAACAACUACUACCAAAGGUACAGGCACUACAAAACCUCCAUCUCCUGGUACAGGCACAACAACAACAACCACCAGGAGUACAGGCACUACAACAUCUCCAUCUUCUGGUACAGGCACAACAACAACAACCACCAAGGGUACAGGCACUACAAAACCUCCAUCCCCUGGUACAUACACAACAACUACCACCACUAUUGGAACAGCCACCACUUCAAAUAAAAUUCCUGAUACUGGCACAACUACAACCUCUAGCAAGGGUACAGGCACAACUACAACGUCAACUCCCGGUACUGGUACAACAACAACUACCACCAAGAGUACAGGGACCACCACAACUAGGACUCCUGGUACUGGGACAGGCACCACUAUGAGUACAGCUCCAAAUAGCAAGUCAAGUACCACCACUGGAACAGGCACCCCAACAAGUUUUACUUCUAAAAGUAUAGAACCAGGUGCUACUACCAUUGGGGCCAGCAAUACUGCUAUACCUAGGACAGACAGUAGUGCAACAAGCAUUCCUGUGGCAGAUCCUUCGGAGAAAGGCACAUUUUACACUGUCAACGACAUGGCAGCACUCGGCGCCUCCCUGGGGGUCAUUCUUGCUAUAUGUCUGGUUCUAUUGGCCUUCUUUAUUCACAAGCAAUAUGGAGACACAAUAAAAGGGAAACUUAGGAGAGGUUCAGAUGAUUUUGGAAACUCCACAUGCAAUACUGAGCAACUUAUAAAUGAGGCAGAUGAUUCAGUAAAUGAUGUUUCAGAAUUUGGUGGUUUCUCCACAGAGGAACCCACAUCUUCCAGCGUGACCUUAGCUACCACUGCUGCAGUUGGCAGUGUUCCUUUACAAAGUGAUCCAGCUGAUAAUCGGCCUUCUGAAACAGAAGAACAGGCCGAUGAUUCAGAUGACAAGAAGGUGAAGUCUAUCUUAACUAAGGAGCUUAAGGAAGAUGUUGGCUACAAAUCAGUGUGGUUUAGAGAGGAUGCUUCUCCAGAAGUGGUAGUGAUAGAGGGUGUCGAGGAUGGCGAAGCAGAUGACUAUGAUGAUGAUGCUGAAGAAGAUUUUAACAACCAGCAAAAUGAUGAUGAUGAUGAUGAUGAAGAGGAUUUGGAUCCCACAUUUAAUAAUGCUGCAGCUAACACUUCUCAAAAUAGUAUACUAUAAGCCAUCCAUUCUAACUUUGGAACACCUAAGUGUAUAGUGAUUUGGCCAUAUGAUGUAAUAUGUCUGUGCUGUCUCAUGUCCAUCAUGUUUUAUACGAACUGACCAGUUAUUCUCGGCAUUAGUAUGGAUCCC